GCGCUCUCUGGCAGCUGGGCAGCGUUCUCCGACGGCUGGGCAGCGCUCUCUGGCAGCUGGGCAGCUAACAAGGACAGAAACAACAAGCAAGACAAGGUGUCGACUUCGACAGGACUGGGUACCAGCUGGGAUGCCGGCAGGAAUCUGUAGCGGGAACAGGACACCGGCAGUCUUGACCCUGGAGGGGAACCCGACGACCACGACCCUGGAAGGGAGCCCGGCGGUCUCGAUCCCGGACGGGGUUCCGGCAGUCUCGACCCUGGAAGGGAGUCCGGCGGUCCAGACUCUGGACUUGAGCCCGGCAGCAUCAACCCUGGAAGGGAGUCCGGCGGCUUCUACCCUGGAGGGGAGUCCGGCAGUAUCGACUCCUCCCGCUGCGAUCCCUCUGUCUGCUGGGUCCUAUUCAGGCUGGAUCAUUCUGUCAUGAUUCUCGGGUGAGACACAAGGACAAAGGUACAGAGGACCCAGACACAGACAGCGGGUAAGGGGUUAACAAGACAUUUAAUAAAAUAUAAAUACAAAACAAAGACCCACGUGGGGGAAAAUAACAAAAGAUAAAAACAGGAACACGGACUAACUAAACUAGACAGGACUAAAAAAUGACAUUUACCAUAUAAACUACAAAAGACUAGACUACACUGACAAGACAUGAACUCACCACAAGCAACACACACACGACAGUACAAUGAUCCAGCACAGGACAGAAAACACAGGGACCUUAUAAAGGGGACAAAUCAAGAGGGAACAGGUGUGGGGCAUGAACUAAUUAACAAUCAAUAAUGAGGAGACGAAAGGGCGGGAACAGAAACGCAACACCGGAGAGUGGAAGACCAACAGGGUCAAAACGCCUCUCUCCACAUAAAACAAGAGGUUCUGUCAUGGUUCUGCCACUAGGUCAAGAAAAGCAAGACAAGAUGGGGCAGAACCAUGACAUAAGAUCAAGUUGAGUACGAAACCAAGUUCGGACCGCAGCAAAGGAGCCCAAUCUGAAAACGGCAGAUGCGUUUCCUCUCUGGAGAAGCGUCCGGUCUUUGCUCUAUCAAAUUCCGCCAUGUAAAUAGCGAAUGAGCCAUGGCGCGAACGCAACUGGCUCUUAAAGGGAAUGAGAGAUGAGACUCUGAUUGGUUUACUGCACGUUUUGCCCAAAAAAUACACAUGAUUCAUUAAGAGAAUCGAGACAAACCGUUUAGACUAUGCGCCGGGAUGCGCCGACCGUUUUCUCGUCGUCAAACUAGCAAAAGUGGAUUCGCACACUCCCUGAGAGCACCUGCGCCGUGCGCUUUAGACCAUGCAUUUAGAUCGUUAAAAUUGGGUCCUACGGUUUGAUUGUCGGACAAAAUGGUGAAUAGCACCAGGGGCCGCAUAACAUCAUCGUUAUGAUUGGUCCGGUCGCCUGUUAAUCAAACUCCAGGCGAAGGGUCAACUGCACUUCUUAAUUGUUUCAUUUAGUCAGUCAUUCUUUCUCACUCACUCACGCUCAUGCUAUUCUUUUUUGCUGUUUUUCAGAGUCAUCAUCUACUGAUCUCAUGCAGGAGAAAUCUUUCUUCUGUCGCAUCAGCGGUGGUAAAGAGAAGGAAGGAGAUCUCCAGUACUAUCCCUUCAGGAUGACUCCGUAUCUGAUGAAGGUCCAGGACGCUGAGCUCUCUGAGGAACAUUUCUGUUGUCUCAUACUAGCGGAGAGAGUUCACUCUGGAUAUGAAGCACCAAGAAUACCACCUGAUAAGAGGAUCUUCACCACAACACAUACACCCAACUGUGUCUUUCAGGAUGUCGAUGAGAGGUUUGUUUGUGUGGAUUGGCAUGACUGUAAAUGCUCAUCUGAACGAAAACAGAUCUCCGAAACUUUUGGUUAAUGAUGAAGACUCCCUUGAGUGUUUUCUUUAAAAUCACAUCUUAAGGUUUUUGCAACUAUAGAGAACAUUGUAAAAUCUUUGGUUUUAACAACAGUUUUGUGUGACGCAUAGCAUCACCCAAGUACAUGUUGCGUGUAUUAGUGUUGUCAAAAAUAUCGAUAUUUCGAUAAGUAUCGAUACUGAAGAAUCUGAAACGGUUCCAAUACCCAUGUCCCACCUAUCGAUAUCAGCUGCGCGUUCCCGCUCUCUUUCUCUUUUCCGACAGUGAGUUAACACACACUGCACGUGAACGCAUAACAACAGAGCCCCGCCUCCUCUCACAUACUUGACUCGUUUGUGGCAGUUAAAUCGUGUUUAUGUUAGAAAAGAUGGCCAGUCUCAGUAACACAUCUGGCGUGGUGCACGCUCGUUACGCUUCCCGUGUUUACCAUAGCGAUCCAUGUAUGUGCGCUGAUCAAUAAUUUUAUCCACUCGUUUCAUUCGCCCUGGUUAUAUGUUGUUUAUGUUAGUACAGAGUCUCCGCAACAGUUCUCAUGUUUAAUGCACGCGUUUCUGUCUUUAUGUGCGCUCAUCAAUGAUUUCAUCCACUCGUCUCGUUCGCUCCGGUUAAUUUGAUGUUUGAAAUAAUGCUGGUGCGGGUAAAGUCUCCGCAACAGUUCUCGCGUGUGAUACACGUUUGCACUUCCAUGUUUACCAUAGCGCUCUAUGUAUGUGAGCUGUUCAAUGAUUUCAUCCACUCGUCUCAUUCGCUCCGGUUAAACGUUGUUAAUGUUAGAAAGAUGUCCAGUGCGGAGUCUCUGCAACAGUUCUUGCGUUUAAGUUUGUGUUUCUGUCUAUAUGUGCGCUGAUCAAUGAUUACAGUAUGGGCCUAUGUGAAUAAAAGCCAAUUUAGCCAAAUAAAAAUUUAGGCUAUUAACUAACAUUAACGAACAAUGAAUGAGCAAUACAUUUGUUCAAGUAUUUAUUAAUCUCUUUUAAAUGUUAGUUAAAAAAUACAACUAUUUAUGUAAGCUCCCCUGUUGAAAAAUCCAGUAUAUGCUGGGUAAGGUAUGUUUUGAUCGAUGCUGGUUUGAUCUUAAACCAGCUAAGAACCAUCUUAAAUCAGCAUAUGACCAUCUGAAACCAGCACAUGAACAGUUUAAACCAGCACAAACCAGCAAACCAGCAUCAAAACAUACCAAACCAGCAUAGGCUGGUUUUUUUAACAGGG